AUGAGUACCUCUUCCAAUACAUCUUUAAGAAAAACUAGCUCGGGUAAACUUGCUAGACAACUUUCUAUGCCUGAUGUUACUGCUGAUUGUGAUUAUGGGGAAACUGCUAAAGCUGAGGGUCGUUAUGUUUUUGAAUGUGCUUGGGAAGUAGCUAAUAAAGUUGGAGGUAUUUAUACUGUAUUGAGAACUAAGGCUUUUGUUAGUACUGCUGAAUUAGGAGAUCAAUAUUGUAUGUUUGGACCUUACUUUGAAGAAAAAGUAAAAUUUGAAGUUGAAGAAAUAGAACCUGAAACUGGGGCUUUUAAAUACACACUUGAUAAAAUGACCGAAUGGGGUUUUAAAGUUGUGUAUGGACGUUGGUUAAUUGAUGGUUAUCCAAAAGUUGUUCUUUUUGAUAUUGGUUCUGGUGCCUGGAAACUUGAUCAAUGGAAACAUGAACUUUGGGAGAAAGCUCGUAUUGGUGUACCAUAUGAAGAUAGAGAAUCUAAUGAUAUUAUUAUUUUUGGUUUUAUGGUAGCAAUAUUUUUAAAAACUUUUGUUGAAUGGAAUGAUGAUCCAGAACUUUUAAUUGUUAGUCAUUUUCAUGAAUGGCAAGCAGGUGUUGGUUUGAUAAUGUCAAGAUUAUGGAAAGUUAAUGUGUCUACAAUUUUUACAACACAUGCAACAUUGUUAGGGCGUCAUUUAUGUGCAGCAGGUGCUGAUUUAUACAAUAAUAUUUGUAAUUUUAAUUGUGAUUAUGAAGCUGGUAGUAAACAAAUAUAUCAUAGAUAUUGUCUAGAACGCUGUGCUACCAAUCUUGCACAUGUUUUUACAACAGUAUCUGAUAUAACUGGUCUUGAAGCUGAACAUUUAUUAAAAAGAAAACCAGAUGUUCUUACACCAAAUGGAUUAAAUGUUGUUAAAUUUGCUGCACUUCAUGAAUUUCAAAAUUUACAUGCAUUAGCAAAAGAAAAAAUUCAUGAUUUUAUAAGAGGACACUUUUAUGGUCAUCUUAAUUUUAAUCUUGAUAAGACAAUUUACUUAUUUACUGCUGGACGUUAUGAAUUUACAAACAAAGGUGGAGAUUUCUUUAUAGAAGCUUUAGCUAAAUUAAAUUGGAUGUUAAAAACAUCUGAUGAUCCAAAAGUUAAAGAUAUGACUGUUAUUGCUUUUAUUAUUUACCCAGCACAAGCUAAUUCUUUUAAUGUUGAAUCUUUAAAAGGACAAGCUGUAUGUAAACAAUUAAAAGAUAGUGUCGCAAAGAUUAAAGAAACAAUGGCAUCAAGAUUAUUUGAACAUUGUUCAAGAGGUGAAAUACCUGAUAUGAAUGAACUUUUAACAAAUGAAGAAGCAGUACAAUUAAAAAGAUGUGUUUUAUCUGCAAGACGUGAAACUUUACCACCAAUAUGUACACAUAAUAUGGUUAAUGAUAAUCAAGAUCCUGUAUUAAAUGCUUUUAGAAGAUGUCAAUUAUAUAAUAAACCCGAUGAUAGGGUUAAAGUUAUAUUCCAUCCGGAAUUUUUAAGUUCUGUAUCACCAUUAAUUGGUUUAGAUUACGAGGAAUUUGUUAGAGGUUGCCAUUUGGGUGUUUUUCCAUCUUAUUAUGAACCAUGGGGAUAUACACCAGCUGAAUGUACUGUCAUGGGAGUUCCCUCUGUCACAACAAAUCUUUCUGGUUUUGGUUGUUUUGUUGAAGAGAAUGUUCCUGAUCAUAAUCAAUAUGGUAUAUAUGUUAUUGAUAGAAGAUUUAAAAAUUUUAAUGAAUCUAUUGAACAACUUGCUCAGGUUUUAUUUGAUUUUACAAAAUUAACUAGAAGACAAAGAGUCAUUCUUCGUAAUCGUACUGAAAGAAUAAGUGAUUAUUUUGACUGGAAAAAUUUAGGAGUUUUUUAUCAACGUGCACGUUAUUUAGCUCUACAAAAAACUCACCCAAAUUUAGACAUUGUUAUAUCUGAAAAUUUAAAGAAAAUGCCAAAACCACUUUCUGCUCCAAGUACUCCAUCACAUUCACGUCAUGUUUCUCCUCAUGGUAGUGAUAAUGAUGACUCUGAUACAGCUGAACAAGAGGAACAUGAAAACAAAAUAUGGAGUAAUGAAAAAUAA